AUGCAGUCUGCCAAUUCGAAUCCUGGAUUGGACCUAGCUGUAUCCAUUGGCUCCGGGAUUUAUCUAUACGACCCGCCCGCGAAGCCAACAGCAUCAGAUCCCGCGCUCAUUAUCCUCAGCACAUGGCUCGGAGGAGCGACGCCGCGACGAAUCAGCAAGUACGUUGCAGGCUAUCAUGAGCUCUACUCAAACUCUGCCAUCCUUGUUUUGACAACCAAAAUCGCCGACAUCACCGUUCUCCCCUCGUCUGCUCUGCAUGCUCGCUUGCAGCCGGCACGAAUGACCAUUCGUCGGAUAUUAUCAUCACUCCCUAACAACAGCACUCCAUCUAUCUUGUUGCACAUCUUUUCCCACGGCGGCUGUAAUACUGCUUUGCAAUUGAUGCACUCUUUACAAAACGAACCAGUUCUCGAUUACACCCUUGAUUUUGCGAGUCAUCUAUACGGCAUCAUAUUCGACUGCUGUCCAGGGGACGGAUCCUUUAAUCGUGCGUACAAGGCGGCAGCAGCAUCGCUCCCAGAUGCAUUUCUGCCGCAAUCAAUUGGCAGAAUGCUCCUUAUUCCCUUGAUCAGCACAAUUACCUUUCUACAAUGCAUUGGCGGUAUGAAGUCUAUUACAGAUUUGCGGCGAGAGCUCAAUGAUCCAGGCGUAUUCGGAACUAGCGCUCGACGCUUAUACUUGUAUUCUUCUGGGGAUCAAAUGGUACAGUGGCAGGACGUCGAAGCUCAUCUGGAGGCAGCGAGGUCCGUUUCAGACCACCCGGUGACAGGACUUCGAUUCACUGAGAGCGGCCACUGUGCGAUAAUUCGCGACCAUGCAGAGGACUACUGGAAUGCAAUUAAUGAUUUUUGGCAAACGCAAAUUUACAAGCCUCAGAGUAGACUGUAG